AUGACUGAUAGGGUCCGACGCAAUGGGCAACUUUCCGCAUGUGAGCCAUGCCGCAAGUCCAAACUUCGAUGCGAUCACAGUCGACCAAUAUGCGGGAGGUGUGCGCGCCGCCGCCGGCCAGAGCAACAAUGCCACUACCACCCAGCUCCGACAGCGAAACAGGCCACACCUCAAAGCGACCGGGAGACGGCCGAUCAACCGGAGAUUCCCAGGUCUAUCGCAGGAACUUCAAGUCCUUACGAGCUCAUCAAUAUGAACACGAACUUGAUGUCCUUUGCUGAUCCAAGUACUCCUCGCCCGCAACCCUCUUAUACCGCCCUGACAAGGACUGGUGUCGCCUUACCUCAGCCUUCUUCACCUAAUCAACAAACAAUUUCCGAAGGAGCAAAAUUACUGAACGAUAUUUUGGAACUUGUUACUGAAAUUGGCGAGCCUUUCAAACGCUUCUCGAUGUCCGAGACAGAGCCAUGCACUCAUGGGCCUCUUGUCAAGGCAGUAUGGACCGCAACGAACAACAGCAUACAAGCUCUGUUAAAUCAUCGCUCGGCUCUGAACCUAGCAUCGAUAUCCGAAGCCAUAUUCGAGCGAACCUCAUUACCUCCUGUCUUUCCUCCUUCCGCGGCUUCUGGUGCAUUGGACUCGGCAUUCUCAACCCAGGGUUUGCGCUGGGAGAUGAUUGGCAUGUACUGUGCCCACAUCGGAAUAUACCUUGGCGAAGAAAAGGAUCAAUCUUUCAGCCUGUCCGCCCCUGAAACAUGGAAAACCGACCGCAAAAAUUUGAUGCACAAGGCUUUCCAAGCUUGUAUCCAAUGCGAAUCGUUUUGCGGCUCUAUGGGAGCUAUCAACGAUCUUACUCUCUGGUUCAUUAUGCUCACAGUCUUACUCGCCACAUGGUGCUUUGGUGACGACUCGUACCAUGCAUUGCGGCUUGUGGGUAGCAUGUCGUCAGUCGUUUUUGCCUUGGGUUUGUAUAAAGGAGUCCAGAAUGAUCCUUCUGUGCCAUUCUACAUGGCAGAGAUUCGGAAAAGGGCGGUCGCUCAUGCCCAUGACCUCGACAAAGUGUGUGCUAGUUUCACGUCGCGGCCUGUUCAUCUUAGUCGUCACUUUUGUCUCGUCGAAAUGCCCCUUGACAUAGCAGACUCUGUUCUUAUGGGUACACCUGAAAUGCUGCUCAAAGCUCGCCAGAAUUUAGAUGCCAAUGGUUGGAGUAAGGAUAAGGCCGUACUUCAUGUGUCUGUUGAGCGAGCACGACUUUUGUUGUGCAUAAUUCGUGAAGAAGCUCUGGAGCUAAAACUUGGGCCUGCAGCGUCAAACAUGGAGGCAAAGGCAGGGCGCGUCUUGCGGAAAUUGAAGUCCACUUGGCAGUCAGUUCCGUCACAUUUGAAAUACGACACAGCGCAGCAGUGGGCAGGCCAAACAAGGGCUAUUACAAUACUACACUUCCUACGACUGGAUUAUCUCUACACGGAGUUUCUUUUGCAUAAUCUUCUUGCCAGUUUCAGCGAAAUGAGUCGCGAGAGUGUGUUAAAAACUGCGCACGAGAUUCUCAAAACUGUUCUCUUACCGACCCGGAAAAGGGGCCUUCUGCAUAGUCACAGGGCAGAUCAUGAAUGGGCUCUAGUUUUCUAUGCCAUGCCCUGUGCUAGCGUUCUGGUCCUGGAGCUUCUGCGACAAAGUCAACAUCCUGUGGAAAGGCAUAACUUCGAUAGAAGCAGCGUAAUCCAAGAUAUCAGCGUCUUGAUAACAUGUUGUGAUUCUUGGGCCGAGUUUGGGCAAAGCAACUAUCAAAUCUGCAAGCAGGCUCAGUCGAUCUUUUCCAAAAGUCUUGAUUCAAUCCUCAACCAUACCGAGCCUAUUCACAGAGAUAAGUCUGAAGGGCUGACGAUGCGUCAAUACGAGCAUCAAAACGAGCUCACAAGUUCUACAAGUCCAGAGAUUCUUAGUGAAUCUGCCCAAGAUUCCGAGUGGCUGGUGUGGCUCGACUCACUGGGCUUACAAGGAGACCUGUGGCUCGAAUCUAACAUUUCAACUUCGGAAGUUCCGUGA